UGGUCUACGUACAGCAGUACAGUCUCGAGGGCCAGCAGUCAUGGACCAGUGAGACAAGCUGUUAUCACGUAAUACUCGUUUAGACGCGUAGCAAUAGAAUCAAAAUAAAAAUAGAAAAAAUCAUGAGUGGAAAAUCGAGUGCUGGUGGUGGUGGUGGUGCUCGAAAAAGCCUGUGUUGGACGUACUUCUGGUGGCUAUUUGGUGGCGAGUUCGGCGCCCAUCACGUGUAUCUCGGUCGCGACGAGCAGGCGAUCGUUUGGCUCUUCACGGGAGGCGGCUUCGCUCUCGGCUGGUUCCGGGAUUGCAUCAAGAUACCGAAAUACGUAGCCGAGGUUAACGACCAGCAUGAGUACCAGGAGGAGUGGUUCAAACAGCUACGACAAGAAAGCAAAAAACCGCCUUACAACUGGUUACGAUGUACCUUGGCCUGCGUACUUGCCUACUGGUUCGGCCAAUUGGUUCUCCUGGCCAUCCCCAAGGACGAGGUCAACGGCAUGAAUUUGAAGCCUCUGAUGGUUUUAGUGCCUCUUGCAGUUUCUUUGGGAAUUUGGCUCGUCGGAAAUAUCGGCCGAGAACGAGGCUCCCUGUGGCAGUGCACGUUCGCCGCCUACAUUUUCUACCCGUUCCUGGAUUAUAUCGGCAACGAGGACUAUUGGCUCGGUCUCAUGAUAGUGUCGUCCACGCUGGUCUUUAAUUUUUUCGCCAAAGAGUGGUGCACCACUAAAAAACCCAAAAGAUCCUUGGCGAAGAGCGUGAUCAUUUUCGUCGCGAUCGCGAUCGUUUACGCGUUACUGUUGGGCAGUAUCGCGUACUUCAACGGUAGCUUCGUUGACGCCGAGGGUGAGGAGAUCAAAUUGUCGGAGGCGAUUGAGCACUUUUGGACGUCGCCUAUUUGGGUCGAUCUUCAGCCGUGUUUGGAAGAAAUCUGGCGACUGUACCAGCAUCAAGGCUUUUACGCCACUUGGAAUCAAUUGAUAGAAAUGUCCGAUCCUCGAGGCGAAAAAAAUGCGUAUAAAGUACUGGGCUUGUCACUAACAGCCUCUCAAAGUCAGAUCACCUCCACAUGGAGAAAGUUGUCCAGGGAAAAUCACCCAGACAAGUGUAAAGGUACGCCAGAAGAAUGUCAGCUGACGCAAGAAAGAUUCCUUGACAUUCAGCAAGCGUACGAGAUCAUUUCCAGCGCGAAAAAUAGAAGAGAGAGGAAGAACAAAAAAUCCACAGAUGAAUUGUGAUAUAUUUAGUUGUAAACUUAAAAGAGACUGAUGUAAUUUAUAUUUGAAUAGCGUAUAGGGAUUUAAUAAAUUUAUUUAAAACAUAUAUUUUUGUGACGAUAACAACAUUUAUUGUAGUUAACGUUAUAAUGAAAAAAUAAUUUGAAAAAAAGUUACAAUAUAAUUUUUUCAAUAGAGAAUGACAAUUUUACUGAACAGUAAUUUUUUUUUAAAAAUCAUACAUUCAGCGUAAACAAAAUUAGAACGAAUAUCGUUCCUUGUUAAAACAUAUUUUGAACGUCGAAACGAUAAGCAUAAAUUGAAAGAUCAAUUUUCUCCAAGGAAUAAAACACUAAUGUACUUGGUAUAUAUUGUGUGAACAGCAAUUAAAAUGAGCAUCCUAGAGAGCCAGUCUCUAAGUUCAAAAUAUGUAAUCACAGUGUCAUCUUUUUUAAUUUUUCUUGGAUAUAAUUUGAAUAACACUGUGUUAAAACCGCUACUUUGAAAAUACUUCAUAUGUCUAAAAUUUAGCUGAUUUUUUUUCUUCGAUUAAGCAGACAGAAUAUUUUGAUCGAAAAAUAAACGCUGUUGCCGUGAAUAGUUAGAGCUCAACGCUGCUUGUCGUAACUAUUGUCUGUUAUCUUUAGUACGAUCC